CGGGAUUAGAGGAUGUGGGCUGGUCCUGUAAUAAAAUCCUGCUCGGCUCUGCUCAAACUCUGAUUCAGCUGCUGCUGCUGCUGCUGCUGCUGCCGAACACACGGAGGGUGUCAGCGUUUCACAGACACGAGCCUGUGCGUCCGUGGGAGAACAAUCACGGAAAAGACACGGUUGAUCGGUAAUUAGACGAGGACUAAUGCGGGACAAAUCCACGGGCUUCCUCUGGGUGGGUGGAUGGAUGGAUGGCGCGUGAAGCACCGCGAGCGCACCUGCAGAGUGAGGAGUAAAAACCGGAGGAGAGGUUGUCAUGGAAACAUGAGAGCGGCGAUGCUGUGACCACUGGACCGAAGACAGAAGGAAAAAUAAACAUCCGUUUGGACAAGUUGUGCGGGACUGGAUCAAAGGCACCGCUGCGACAGAUGUUUCUUGCGUGAGGACGCGCGCGAGGUGAUCCACGAGCUGACUCCUGCAUUCACACGGACACGCACACGGAGGCUAUGGUCCCCGGGGCCCCCGGCAUCGCCACCACCACCACCACCACUAUGCUUCCAGCAUCCGAGGCUGCCAAGAUCUACCAGACCAACUACGUGCGCAACUCCCGCGCCAUCGGCGUCCUGUGGGCCAUCUUCACCAUCCUCUUCGCCAUCGUCAACGUGGUGUGCUUCAUCCAGCCCUACUGGAUCGGGGACGGCGCGGACACCCCGCAGGCGGGCUACUUCGGUCUGUUCCACUACUGCAUCGGUAACGGGCUGUCCCGAGAGCUGACGUGUCAGGGCAGCUUCACGGAGUUCGGCAGCAUCCCGUCCAGCGCCUUCAAGGCCGCCUCCUUCUUCAUCGGCAUGUCCAUGGCGCUCGUGCUCUCCUGCAUCGGCUGCUUCGCGCUCUUCUUCUUCUGCGGCACCGGCACCGUGUACAAGAUCUGCGGCUGGAUGCAGCUGGCUGCAGGCACGUGUCUGAUCCUCGGCUGCAUGAUCUACCCCGACGGCUGGGACAGCGACGAGGUGAAGAGGAUGUGCGGCGAGCAGACGGACAAGUACACGCUGGGCGCCUGCUCGGUGCGCUGGGCCUACAUCCUGGCCAUCAUGGGCAUCAUGGACGCUCUCAUCCUCUCCUUCCUCGCCUUCGUCCUGGGAAACCGCCAAGACAGCCUGAUGUCUGAGGAGCUGCUGGGAGAAAAGACCGGGAACAACGCCAUCUGACUUAAAGACGGAGGAAAAACAGUCACACAGGUCUUUCUGCCGAGAUGUGACACGUUACUCCAGGACACAGCUUCUCUCUCCUCGUCCGUCUUGUGGAUGCAGAGCUGAUGUGUCCAUAGAAGAAUUAAACUUCUCCAGAGGAGGUCGUCGUCGUCGUCGUCUGGACAAAGAUGACCUCACGGCCGUGUGGAGGUGACCGGGACGACCUCACGUCCUCCAUAAAAAACACCCUUGGAACAAAAAAAGAAUUCUCUGAAUUGACCUGUUGGUCUGAACCGCUGGGCGUGUCCGUGUGAGGAAGGCUGCCGUCGUUCAGCUUCAGUGUGUGUGUGUGUGUGUGUGUGGGUAACAAAAGAAGAAGAGUGACAUCAACACAAACAUGUGAAGACAUUUCUGGACUGUACAAACAAACUGGAAGGACAGUGACGUCUCCUUCUUAUUCAGUGUUUGAUGUGACAAAAACCAGACGUCAGAGGUUUUAAUGGGGACGUUUUUGUAUAUAAGAAAUACAAACUUCACUAGAAUAACUAGAUAAAAAAACAACACUAUUAUCUGUGUACAGCUAUAUGUUGAUUAUGUCCCACGUGUGUCGUCUUAUGGACUCAUAUUAGUGUGUGUGUGUGUGUGCCAUUACUGUAAUCUGUAAUCUGACGCUGUUGUGAUGUAAAAACGGCCACAAGAAGCUCAUUUGAACCUGAAAUGUUCAGAUGAAGUUUGUCUCUUUUUUCAUUAUCUGACAAAACUUCAAAUGAAACUAAAACAAUAUUCUAAAAUGUCACUCAAAGUGGUCUUAUUCACUAGCUAGAGACUGUUAGCCUGGUUUAAGCUAACAGUCGUCUAACUUCUAUUAAAAUUAUUGUUACUGAAAAGAAUUUGAAGACUAUUUGACUGUUAGCUUAAAAAAGGGAGUUGAAUCAAAAUUGAACAAAGUUAUCACAAUCAUUUGUUUGCUAGCUGCACGAUAAUAGCUUAAUUAGCAUAGGUUUGAGGCUACAGCUAAAAGAACACCCUGUCAAAAUACAUUAAACUGUAAAUGUGACUUUAAAAACAUAAAAUUGACACCUUUUGUGCUAAAAUGUCA